ACUCUGAUAAUUCUGCGCAUGCGCUGUAUUGCCGGUUGCCAAAAGAACGAGCAGAGGAAAAAAGUCUACAUAAUUUUUAUGCAAACCAGAAUGAAAAUCUAACAAGUCAAUUGAAUAUUUCUUUCGAUCCCGUCCACUUAUUUAUCUUAAAUAGCUAUCGGAACAUGACUUCUUAAUCGAACAAAUUCUAGUUCAAGAAUGAAGAAAAGUUCGUCUCCGGCUUCAAAAGGCCAAGGACCCCUUCGGGCGACGAGACAAUUUGGUACUAAUAUGAUAAAUGUAUCACCAGAUUCAUGUAUUUUCAGAGGUAAGAUUUAUUUUGUUAACGGAUAGCGACCGAUUUGGCACAGUGCCAAACUGAUUGUGUGUCAAAUGUUUUCAUGCGAAGUUAUUGAUUUACUGCUAACUACGAAGAAUAUGUUUGGCGAGUUAUAUGCGUGCCCUAGGCGCGGUUAGGAAUAAUUUUUUAUCUCGAGUACAUUAUUUAUUUGUCUGACACUGAACAGAAGUGAUUUAAAGCAUUUUCAUAUAAACAAUAACGAGUACGUUUCUCACGCUGUAUUCAGAACUAGAUAAAAAGUAGUUGUUAUUAGUAAACAUAAUUAUAAUGGUUGUUGGAUCGUUGCCAAAACAGUGAUCAGCACCAGUCCAUCGCCGUUGCGACGCGCAGCAUCAGCCGACAUUACUACUGCGCAGUAUCUAAACGGUGAGUGGCCAACAACAAACGAUUCGAUUCAUUCGAUAAACUCAUCAUUUAAGGAAGACGUCAGUACGCAGGUAUAAUUAUUGUUGGCAAGUUGCCCAUUCGUGGCGCGUAAUGCAGUCUCAACUAUUGCAGACUCCCGACGAAUGGGCGGCGACGACGGAUCAUUAUCAUUCUAGAAGACGCUCACAGCACACUCGCUCGUGGAGCGUUGAUGAUCAACUACAGCAGGCGUUUCGUAUCAAUCAAUUAAAGAGAAUGAUGUCGACACCACCCUCUUGCUGUAAGCCGAUUUCUAACGGGCAUUGUACGACGCCAACCAAAUUUCGAAUACAGCGUGGCAGCGUGGAAGGAUUAAACCAGGAAAUCGAAACGCUCGUCUUUACCGCAUCAUCUCAAUGCGUUCAGGCGUGUUGUACACCACCUCGAGACGGUCGUCGUCCACCACUUAUUGAAAUACUCAGCCAUAAUAUGCAGACGCAGACACCGUCCAGUUUUGGUGAUAUACAAUUGGACGAUGACAGUGCUAAAGUUGAGACUCUCAAGCCAGCACCAAUACGUGAACCUCCUGAUGGGUGCUGUGAACAACAGGAAAAUGAGGAUAGUAAAAUUUCUUUACCGACGGUUAAGGAGCCUUUAUUAUCAGCUACAACCCUAAUACCGUCGACCAACUCAGCAUUUAAGUCGUACUGCAGUAGACAGUUGCCUCUCAAAGUCAGCUACGAAAAGGCUCUACAGCCUGACUGA